AUGUUUACAAUUCAAAAAUCUCAAUCUAGAUCAUCAUUAUCAUCAUCAUCAUCAUCAUCAUCAUCAUCAUCAUCAUCAUCAUCAUCAUCAUCAUCAUCAUCAUCAUCAUCAUCAUCAUCAUCAUCAUCAUCAUCAUCAUCAUCAUCAUCAUCAUCAUCAUCAUCAUCAUCAUCAUCAUCAUCAUCAUCAUCAUCAUCAUCAUCAUCAUCAUCAUCAUCAUCAUCAUCAUCAUCAUCAUCAUCAUCAUCAUCAUCAUCAUCAUCAUCAUCAUCAUCAUCAUCAUCAUCAUCAUCAUCAUCAUCAUCAUCAUCAUCAUCAUCAUCAUCAUCAUCAUCAUCAUCAUCAUCAUCAUCAUCAUCAUCAUCAUCAUCAUCAUCAUCAUCAUCAUCAUCAUCAUCAUCAUCAUCAUCAUCAUCAUCAGCAGUUCAUAUUGAAGAAAAAAACAUAACUCAAAUCAUAAUUAAUGCUAGUGGCAUGAAAUAA